AUGGCUAUAAAGCGCUCUCGCAACCAGCAAAGCCGCGCUGUCAAAGCGAACAAGCGACGCAAGGUCGACGCUCCCGCUCCAAACGGCGCCGAAGAUUCGACGCAGGAUAUUGUGAGCGUGGACCAGCUGGACUGGAAAACUGUUACUUUGCCUGACAGGAUAGACGAUGCUGAAGGAUUCUACGGACUAGAAGAAAUCGAAGGCGUGGACAUUAUCAGGCCAACUGGGGGCGGAGAAAUCAAAUUCAAGGCAUCUAAGUCUAAAAUAAAAGGUAUCCUCAAAAACUCCGCCGACGCCGCAAACGCAGGUAGCGAGAACUGGGACGAAUGGAGCGGAUUUAGUGAUGAUGAACCCAUUCCCGCAAUCGACCAAGCAAAGGACGAUAAAGCUGAUGGGAAAACCCACAAGAAAAAGAAGGGGAAGGAUAAUGCAAGCAAUGAUACAGCGGUGAAUAAGCAAUCGAAAGAGCGUGUCCUUCGCGAAGAGAAGGAGAAUGGGAUCCAGGCAGGAGUGCCCUUUUCUGCAUUGCAAGAUGAAGUAGAGGAGGAUACGGAUGUUUCGGCUUGGGAUCCUCUGGGUCUGCGUGCCGAACUGCAAACCAGCCUUGCAAGACUUAAAUUCUGCUCGCCAACGCCUAUCCAGUCCGCAUGUAUUCCGGCUGUUCUCCAAGGGCACGACGUGAUCGGAAAGGCCUCGACCGGUUCAGGCAAGACACUGGCAUUCGGCAUACCGAUCGUUGAGCACUAUCUUGGUCGAUACCCUACCGGUCAGGCACCAGCUUCGUCGAAUGAGGACGGCACCUCGGGAAAAGCUCCCAUAGCACUGAUACUGUCGCCCACACGAGAGCUCGCGCACCAGCUCAACAAGCAUUUGACAGACUUGAUCAGUAAUGCUCCGCACACUUCCGCCAGAAUCGCAUCCGUUACAGGAGGAUUGUCUAUUUACAAGCAGCAGCGUUUGCUUGCUGAUGCUGAUAUCAUUAUCGCGACUCCGGGCCGACUUUGGGAAGUAAUAGGAUCAAUGCCUGGGUUCCUUACGAAAUUGAAACGGAUAAAAUUUCUUGUCAUCGACGAAGCGGAUAGGCUGCUAAGUGAAGGACAUUUCAAGGAGGCGGAAGAAAUCGUCAAUGCACUCGACAGGGUAGAGAAAACCGAAGAGGGUUAUGAGGAAGGUUCAGAGCCUGGAUCACCGGAGGAGGAAGAGGAAGAGCAGCGACAACGGCAGACCCUGGUUUUCUCCGCAACGUUUCACAAGGGAUUGCAGCAAAAGCUUUCUGGAAAGAUUCGAUAUCGGAAUGACGAUUUGCUUGAUAAAAAGGAAUCGAUGGAAUAUCUUCUUCGAAAGCUGAAUUUUAGAGAGGAACGCCCGAAAUUCAUUGAUGUCAACCCAAUUUCCCAAAUGGCCGAGAAUUUGAAAGAAGGAUUGGUUCAAUGUGCACCCAUGGAUAAGGACUUAUUUCUCUACUCGCUUCUUCUUUACCACCCAAAGCAUCGCACUUUGAUAUUUACAAACUCCAUCUCUGCUGUCCGCCGCAUCACUCAGUUUCUCCAAAAUCUUAGCCUUCCGGCUUUCGCACUGCAUUCAUCAAUGGCUCAAAAAGCACGGCUUCGCUCCGUUGAACGGUUCUCCGCCCCAUCCUCCGAUCCCUCAUCCAUUCUGGUUGCCACUGAUGUCGCAGCGCGCGGUCUCGAUAUCAAGGGCAUUGACCUCAUCGUCCACUACCAUGUGCCCAGAACCGCGGAUACUUAUGUUCACCGCUCCGGCCGAACUGCGCGAGCUUCCGCCUCUGGAAAAUCAAUUCUGAUCUGUGCCCCUGACGAGACUACCGGUGUAGCUCGGCUCGUGGCCAAGCUCCAUUCCAACACCAAGAACGCAAACGAAGAGCCCAAGAGAAAAAAGGUUUCUCUGCAGUCCAUAGACCUUGAUCGUCGCAUAAUCGACCGCCUCCGCCCACGCGUCACGCUUGCCAAGCAAAUCACGGAGUCCGUUCUCGCCAAGGAAAAGCUGUCCUCGGAAGAUGACUGGCUGCGCUCCGCGGCGGAGGAUCUUGGCGUAGAUUAUGACAGCGAUGAGUUUGCGGAACAGCAAGCCAAGGGCACAGGCAAAGGACGCGGUCGUGGCGGAGGGAGACAGGCACGAGAACAGAAAGCUGCCAAUCUCUCCAAGGCUGAGAUGGCGGGGUUGAGGGCACAGUUGAAAGGGUUGCUCUCUAAGAAGCUCAAUGUGGGCAUUAGCGAAAAAUACCUGACGGCAGGGAGGGUGGAUAUAGAUGCCUUGUUAAAAGGGGAGGGGAAUUCCGCGUUUCUGGGGCACGUUGAGGAGUUGUCGUUCUGA